UUCGCAGAAUGGAUUUUAUUUUCCUGGAAAAUUAAGCCAAUUUUCCAUCGGAACCAGCACUUUUGAGUUUUUCAGUGUUACCCAGAUCCUAAUUUCUGGUGUUUUCUUAACCCAUUAUCUGAAUUCUAGAUGCAUCCGAUCAACUUUUGUUCCACCUCACAGAGUUCUACUUCAUGUUCCUCUUUUUGUCCUGUAUCUGCAUCUUGAAUACUGGUUUCCCGGAAAAUUAAGCUAAUUUUCCAUCGAAACAAGCUCCUUUUAGUUGUUUUAGUGAUACCUAUAUCCUAAUUUCCAAAUUUUUCUUCCUCCAUUGCUUAAUCCUUAGAUAUUUUCCCCAUCAUCUUGCGUCCCACCUCUCAAAGUUCUAGUCUAAUUUGUUUUUUUUUUUUUUUUUGGUCCUGUAUUUGCUGUAUGAAUAUUUUCUGAGGGAAAUUGAACCCAGUUUUCCAUGAAAACCAGCUGCUUUCUGUUAUUACAAGAAUACCCAGAUCCCAAUUUUUAGUUUUCAUCAGCUUGUUGGCUUGGGUUCCGCCUUCAACAAAAUUCUAAUCUGUGUUCCUCUUCUUGUUUUUUUUUUCCCUUCCUCGUAUUUUCGGAAUGGACAUUACUGUGCGGGAAAACUAAGCUCAUUUUCUAUCCAAACGAACUCCUUGCUGUUAUUCUAACAACACCCAGAUCCUAAUUCCCCAUUUCUUCAAUUUCAAUUAUCUGAAAUUUUCAAGUCUCUGUGAGUUCAUCACUCACCACUCAAAUACAAAGGGAGCAAAAAAUUUUCAUCUUGUGAAGAUGACCCACAUUGUUAUAUUUCUUCUUGGACUGUCUUUCGCUGCAUUAUUUUCAAUUCUUGUUUUUUAUGUCUUCUUUUACCGCAAAAGAAGAACAACCCAUGAGAUCAAAGACAUUGAAAGCCCAGGAUGCAAAUAUGAAGAUACAGUGCAGAAAGAGGACUUGGUGAUCUUCCAAGGAGGUGAGAACCUCACAAUAUGUGACAUUCUUGAAGCUCCGGGGGAGGUAAUUGGGAAAUCCAAUUAUAGCACACUUUAUAAGGCCUUGUUGCAGCGAUGCAAUGCAGUGAGGCUUCUGAGAUUUUUGAGGCCAGUGAGCACUACAAGGGAUGAAGAGUUGGUUGAUGUGAUUGGAAUGAUUGGAGGGAUAAGGCAUCCCAAUUUGGUUCCUCUUGUCGGAUUUUACACAGGGCCAAGGGGUGAGAAGCUUCUUGUUCAUCCCUUUUAUGGUCAUGGGAAUCUCACUCAGUUCGUAAGAGAUGGAAAUGGCGAGUGUUACCACUGGGCUACGAUAUAUCGACUAACCUUUGGCAUAGCCAAAGGACUAGAGUAUCUUCACACUGGACUUGAGAAGCCUGUGAUCCAUGGUAACCUCAAGUCAAAAAACAUCCUUUUAGAUCGCAAUUACCAGCCCUACAUCUCGGAUUUCGGCCUGCAUCUCCUCUUGAACCCUACUGCUGGCCAAGAAAUGCUUGAAGCCUCAGCUGCUCAGGGUUACAAGGCACCUGAACUGAUUAAAAUGAAGGAUGUUAGUGAAGAGACUGAUAUAUUUAGCCUCGGCGUGAUCAUGCUUGAGAUGCUUUCUAGGAAGGAGCCUAUCAAUGAGCAUCCGACCCCUGAUGAGGACUUCUAUUUGCCAAAUUUCAUGCGAAAUGCUGUGCUUGGACACAGAAUAUCUGACUUGUACCAUCCAGACAUUCUUCUCAGCAAAAGCAGAGACAAUGGAGGCCCGGUUAGUGAAGAAUGCAUCCUCAAGUAUUUUCAACUUGCUAUGUCUUGUUGUUCUCCUUCUCCUUCAUUGAGACCAAACAUAAAGCAAGUCCUUUGGAAGCUUGAAGAGAUUAUCAAGUAAAAUCCAUGUGUGACUUUGAAGAAAUUUAUUUGAACACUAGAAGGCAUGGACCACUUGGAGGAAAAUGAUGGGUAGAUUUUCUGAGAAAAUUUCUUCUGUGCCCUUUCGUGCCUCUACAUUUGACAGCUAAAAUUGCAUGCUAUGGCACACCCAUGAAUUUCUCAUUCUCUUGAAAAAGAGAGAGUGAAAUAGGAAACCAUAUAAGGAUUUCAGAAUUGUUGAUGUUGAUGUUUAGGGUGAAAGUCAAAAGGAAGAUUCUUGUUUGAAACUGAAGCUGCACAAUUCAAGGCAUUGAAUUCGGAUCCCAACAUUACUGAUGUGAAUUGGAUUAUGAGAUUUUGGGGUUCUUCUUUUAUGAUAAGAUCAGAGAGAGUGUGACGAUGACAGGAACAUGAAGAUUUUCCAUAAGGCUGUCAAUUUUAUUACUAUUUUUCAUACUUUAACUGGGAAGUUUUGAUGGGUCAUAAUAAAGUUUAUUUCAUCUUUAAGGAUGUGUUCCUCAAGCUUGUGAAAGGGCAAGCCACAUCAG